AUGAUGUUCCACAAGCAGCUCAACAACAACAGCUACAGCAGCAAAAGCAAACCAUUCGAAUGGUCCUCGGCCGUGACGUUGCUGGCAGCGCUGCUGGCCGUGUUGCUGGUUGUUGCGAUCCCAUCGGCGGCACCGGCGGAUGCCGCCGCGGCCACCAAUGAUCAGAAUUCGAACCACGGGAAUUUAAAUCUCGAUAGUAGUUCUUCAUUCGGUGUUGCACCGUCUAAUCAAAAUGACAUCUACAUUGACGAUGAAGGUCUGGAAGGUUCUGGAAGCCGUGGAGAAGUUCGUGACGAUCUAGAGAAAGAGGACGACGAAGCAUCCGGUUCCGGGUUCGGAGAUGAUGACGAAGAUUCUACCUCGAGUCGAUCGUCGCUGUCCUCUUCGUCGUCCGGCGGAAACCUAAACGUUCUGCGCGGGGGCACUGAUAACCUGCCAGGAUCAGGUGAUCAUGAUGAUAAUGAUCUCUACACAGACACCAACCUAUCCAACGUUGAUCCAUCGACCACCGACGACGAAGACAUGCCAGUUGGUAAGGAUAAUAGCAAAUCGUCCUCUUCGUCGUCGUCGGGAUCCUCGCAAUCCGGCGGUGGAUACUCGCGAAGUGGCAUCCUCGAGCCAGUAGAGAACGACCUCGACCUCGGUGGGCUGCCCCGGCAUCAUAUAACACCAACAGAGGGCAGUAAAAUUCAUCACGAUAGUACUCCGUUCGGAGCUGGCAGUGGCGUUUUGAUAAUGAAUGCCAAAAACGAUGACCGAACGGCUAGCUUCUUUGCGCAGCCAGGCAUUCUAGCUGCUGUAAUCGGAGGAGCUGUCGUCGGUCUGCUAUGCGCCAUACUGGUGGUAAUGUUCAUUGUUUACAGGAUGCGAAAAAAGGAUGAAGGUUCGUAUGCUCUGGACGAACCGAAGCGAUCGCCGACGGCCAACACCUACGCGAAGAAUGCAAACAAUAGGGAGUUUUACGCCUGA